AUGAAAGCCAAGAAAUUUAUAAUGAAACGAGAGAAAAAUGCAAAGCAAAACAUAAAGGAGAAAUCAGACAAAAGGGUCAAAUCAGACAAAAAAAUCUGUAAAAGUGCAAAAGAAUCACCUGUUACAUCUAAACAUUCACUCAAAUCUAUGAGUACUAUUCAAGAAUGUAAAGGCAGUGGUAAAUCUCCAUCACAAACACAAUCUGCUGGUAUAAAAAGUUCACAAACUACCAAUAUAACACCUGACAUAGGAACAUCUGAUUCACAGACCAAAUCAUUUAGUAAAAUAGAAUCACCUGCUAAAUCUAAAAAAUCACCCAAAUCUAUGAGUGCUAUUCAGGAAAGGAGUUUAAAAGCAAGUAGGGGCAGCGGUAAAUCUCCACCACAAACUCAAUCUGCUGGUAUAAAAAGUUCACACUCUACCAAUAUAACACCUGAAAUUGGAAAAUCUGAUUCACAGGCCAAAUCAUUUAAUAAAAUAGAAUCACCUGCUAAAUCUAAAAAAUCACCCAAAUCUAUGAGUGCUAUUCAGGAAAGGAGUUUAAAAGCAAGUAGGGGCAGCGGCAAAUCUCCACCACAAACACAAUCUGCUGGUAUAAAAAGUUCACAAACUACCAAUAUAACACCUGAAAUAGGAAAAUCUGAUUCACAGACCAAAUCAUUUAGUAAAAUAGAAUCACCUACUAUAUCUGGAAAAUCUCCCAAAUCUAUCAGUGCUAUUCGAGAAAGAAGCUUGAAAGCAAAAUCAUCUGCUAAAUCUGGAAAAUAUCCCAAAUCUAUGAGUGCUAUUCAGGAAAGGAGUUUAAAAGCAAGUAGGGGCAGCGGCAAAUCUCCACCACAAACUCAAUCUGCUGGUAUAAAAAGUUCAAAAACUACCAAUAUAACACCUGGGAUAGGAAAAUUUGAUUCACAGACCAAAUCAUUUAGUAAAUGA